AUGCCCGGCGACGGCGACGCCUGGCAGCGGUUCGCGGCGCCGCAGCUGCCCAGGCCGGCUGGCGGCGCCCCCGCCGCCGCCCCCGCCCCGGCGUUCGCCAGGUCUGCGCUGAGGAAGGGCGGCGACCAGCCGAGGGGGGCGGCGCCGCUGCCCAGGUCCGCGAGCGCGACGACGAAGCUCCACGAACGACACGGCGACACGUACACGGUGGCCUCGGGUCGCCAGACGGCGGCGACCCUGGCGCUGUACCGAGGCGUCGCCGACGACGACCCCGCACCGACGCCGGCGGCGUGCGGCGCGGUGCAGGAAGCGACUCCGACCCCGGAGGAGCAGUUCCAGAACGCGGCUGCGGUGGCUGCAGGGGCGGCGUAUCGUAAGCGGCCCUCGCUGCUCGGCCUGUUCGGCGGCGCCGCCCCCGCCAGCGGAGGCGUGGCCGUCGCAGUCGCCUCCACCUCCUCUGGUACCACCUCCCCCGUCGGCAGUGGCCAGAAUGCGCGCAAGGGCAGCGGCGGUCGCUGGCAGCCGCUCUGCUCCUCGACGCCGUUUCGUCCGCCGCCGGACGGCGGGACCGGGUCGGAGGCUGCCACACCGGAAGACGACAGGCUGCGCAUGCGCACUGCCAGGUGCACAGCGGUAGGGCCGCGCGCCGUGGCGCGGGGGCGUCACGAGCAGGAGGAGCCCUGCCACGUGGUGCGCACGCGUCAAGAGCAGGUAGAGUCCGGCGGCGGCGGCGGCGGCGGCGGCUCCACCAGCACCAGCACCAGCGGCAGCCACAGCAGUAGCAGCGGCGGCGGCGGCGCUGGCCAGAGGCCGCGCUACUUGGAACACAGGGCGGGCUACACUUUCACCAUUCCCUCUGAGCCCUCUCCGUUGACAAAGUACGAGGGCCGGCACUCCAUGGCGGACCUCGGUGACUUCAAACAGCGCCAGCGGGACUCGCAGCCUGCACCGGCACCGGUGCCGGGAAUCGAGGACACAGAGGAGAUGGACGUGGACAAAGACGACGAGGAGAACUCCGUGGACCUGUCGUCGGAGCAGGCGGACGAGCCGAGCAGCGGCGCUGGAGGCGGCGGCGGUGGCGGGCUGACCAACAGGCAGGGCUCGCUGGAGCUGGACGAGUCGCUGGGCAUCCUGACGCCCGACCAGAUGAAGGAGCCGUUCUCGCUGCUGGGCGACAGCGCCGCCACCUUCCUCUGCGGCAGCGCGCCCGCGCCGUGGGCCGGCGGCGAGAACUCGGCGCUCCGCAUGGACGCGCUGUGCCGCGAGGUCGUCUACGUGGACCAGUUCUCCUUCCCCGAGUACGACUCCAUCAUGGACACGGUGGAGGAGGGCGGCCGGGCGGCCCGGGCGGCGGCGUCGCCGCUGCCGCCGGCGUCGCCCUGCUCGGGGGCGGCGUCCGCCUCCGCGGCCGGCGACGGCGACGCCACGGAGCACACGCUGUCGCCCGAGGAGCUGCCGGUGGACACGCCGGUGCGCGAGGGGGCCGCGCUGCUCGACGACGACGACACCAAGACAGAGGACGCCUCCGACGCCGCCACGCUGCUCACAGGCAUUCUGGUGUUCCUAAUCUAA